UCGCCGCAUUUUGUCCCAUGUAUCGUUUUCGCUCACAUCAACCGGGAAGUCUGACAUUUUCCGCAAAGGAGAGUAAAAUACAGAUUUAAAAAAAUAAAAUAUAAUGUGUAGCCGUUUUUUAACAACCGGGGAUUCCUGAUGUUGCAUCGAUAAGUCAGUGAAAAUAUUAGGUAAUAUCUGAGGAGAGCGAACAUGGCUGCGCCCACAGGACCGAGAGGACCCGCAGCCUCCAGCCCGCCCGGGUUUGAAGGUUUCCCGUUUGCAGUGGCCGGUAAAUUACCGGAGGACAGCGCCGGUAAGGAGCACGAGCAGACCGGGGAGGUGAAGAAGAAGCCUUGCAGAGCGUGCACGGACUUUAAGUCAUGGAUGAAGAUCCAGAAGAAACAGACGACAGCUGCUGUACAGGAGACCAAAGCUGCAGAGUCAGAGCCACAACAAGAGCCACAGUGCCCGCUGGACAGGGAAGAAUUGGGACGUAACACCUGGUCCUUCCUGCACACCAUGGCGGCAUAUUACCCCGAUCGUCCGUCCUCGACUCAGCAGCAGGAGAUGGGCCAGUUCAUCAACCUUUUCUCUAAGUUCUUCCCGUGUGAUGAAUGUGCAGAAGACCUCAGGAGCAGAUUGAAAACCAAUCAGCCGGACACCAGGAGUCGCCACGCUCUUUCUCAGUGGCUCUGUCGUAUCCACAAUGACAUCAACGUCCGGCUGGGCAAGCCCGAGUUCGACUGCUCCCGUGUGGACGAGAGGUGGAAAGACGGAUGGAAAGACGGUUCCUGUGACUGAGCGAUGAACCUGAGAGGAGAAAUUAUUUCCGUCAGUGCAAAACUUAAAGUGGAGACUCUGUUGCAGAGAAACUUUACGUGGCGAGACAAAAGCUUUUUGCUCAUUUCUUGUUUUUUGGUUACUUAAUAUAACUGAUCUGGUAAUAGAAAUAAAAUAUGCAAAAAAUUAGAAUCUCUCUCUCUUUCUGAGGCUAGAACCAAAACUCACGGUAAAAUAUUAAAGUAACUGGGGAGCUUUAAAAGUUUGCAUUAUAAAUGUUUACUGAAAUUUUGCAUCUGAUCUGAAACAGAUUUUUGACCAGAGUAACCUUGAAAACUCAGCAGUCAAACAUGUUGUUUUUUUUUGAGGUCUUGUUUAGCCCAGGAGAAUCACUACAACACAAAAUAUCCCAUUCCUAAAUUAGGGGAAAAAAAUUGUUACACAAUUCUCAUUUUGUCAGCGAUUAAUUAUAGCUAUCACAAAUACUUUGUGUCAGAGAAAUAUAUAUUUUACAUAUUGAUGAUGUUGAUCACAGAAUGUUUCUUCACUGUAUUACCUCACUUAAUUAGUGUUUCUGUGUGUGUUGUGGUAAAACUGCUGUUAAUUUAUUUGCAUAACUUGCAGUGCUUGGAUUGAUAAAUAUGUAAUUUUCUGAUUACAGUGAUGAUUUCUUGAUUAUUUCAGUCAAUAAAUAAUGUACAAAUACCUA